UGAACGUCAUCCGCCGUGCUGCGUUCAGGAGCACCUGACUGUAGAUCCCUUGGUCGCGUCUGCCUCCGGUCAGGUGUCACUCAUGCUAUUACCUGGGGGUUGUAUUUAGCUAAAGGUUAGCGGUGUCCCGGCUGUGAUGGACCGCUGGAAGGGCAGAGUGGCUUUGGUGACCGGAGCCUCGGUCGGGAUAGGGGCGGCCGUAGCUAAGGAGCUGGUCCGGUACGGUAUGAAGGUAGUGGGCUGUGCCAGGGACGUCGAAAAAAUACAGAAACUGGCAGAGGAGUGUCAAAGUACAGGCCACAGUGGUGUGUUGGUACCUUUCAAGUGCGACUUGAACAACGAGGAAGAGAUUCUGUCCAUGUUCGCUGCCCUCAAAGCGCAGCACAACGGGGUGGAUGUGUGCAUCAACAACGCUGGCUUGGCUCAUCCAGAGUCACUGUUAAAUGGUAACACCAGUGGCUGGAGGAACAUGCUGGAUAUCAACGUUCUUGCAUUGUGUAUAUGCACACGUGAAGCAUAUCAGUCAAUGAAAGAAAGAAGUGUUGACGAUGGGCACAUCAUAAACAUAAACAGCAUGAGUGGACAUCGUGUAGUACCCAGUACGGAUGUACAUUUCUACAGCUCCACCAAGUACGCUGUGACGGCCCUGACCGAGGGCCUGAGACAGGAGCUGCGUGAGGCCAAAACCCACAUCAGAGCCACAUGUAUUUCUCCUGGUGUAGUAGAGACAGAAUUUGCUCCUCGGCUCUACAGAGACAAUGCUGAUAAAGCUGCUGCUUCAUACUCUAAAUUUAAGCCUUUGGAAGCAAUAGAUGUUGCUAAUUCGGUUACAUACGUCCUAAGUGCCCCUCCCCAUGUCCAGAUUGGGGACGUUCAGAUGCGACCUGUGGAGCAGCUGUUGUAGUUCUGCACCAUACAGACACAUUCUUCACCCCACUGGUUUACUA